CCUUCCCCCACCCCCGGCGGGGACACCCAGAGCUCGGGGACACCCGGACAGAGAGCGGGAUCCCCUCCCCUCCCCCACCCCGAGCCCUUCCCCCCACCCUCAUCGGGAAUUUUGGGAGGGGGUCACACCUGGAAUUUUGGGGUCACGCCUGAAAUUUUGGGGACACUCCUGGAAUAUUGGGGACACAUCUGGAAUUCCAGGAGGAGCAGGCGCAUCCCCUCCCCUGCCAUGUCCACCACAUUGGUGCUGACCGUCUAUGUGCUGACCUUCUCCGUGGGGCUCCCGGCCAAUGCCUUCACCUUGGCUGUGCUGGUGGCCAAAGCCUGGCGCCAACCGGCUGCAGGACCAACUGUGGGUGAUCUCCUGCUCCUCAACCUGACCUUAGCCGACCUCCUGCUGCUGCUGGCACUGCCCUUCAAGAUGGCUGAGGCAGCAGCCGGGAUGGCGUGGCCCCUGCCGGCCACAUUGUGCCCAGUGGCCAACUUCUGCUUCUACUCCAGCAUGUAUCUGAGCAGCCUCUUCCUGGCGGCCCUGAGCAUCCGGCGCUACCUGGGYGUGGCCUUCCCACUCAAGGGGCAGGGCCGGCCGCGCCCCAGCCACGCCCUGGCUGCCAGUGCGGCCAUCUGGCUGCUGGCUGGAGGCCACUGCUCUGUGGUCUUUGUGGCCCACUACCAUGGCGGGGGGUCGAAUGGCCCUGUUGACCCCAUUGACAACAAGGCUCCAAACCUCACUGACCACAACCUCAGCACUGUUGAUCCCAUUGAACACAAGGUCAACUCUGUUGACCCCAUUGCUCCCAAGACCCUCAACCUUGUUGACCCCAAGGUCAACCCUGUUGGCCUUGUUGACCCCAUUAACUGCAAGACCAACCCCUUUGACUCUGCUGACCUCAAGAUCAACCCCAUUGACCCCACUGACCUCAAAACCCUUAACCUCCUUGACCCCAAGAUCAGCCCCAUCAACCACAUUGACCUCAAGACCAGCCCCAUUGGCCUCAUUGACCCCAAACCGCUCAACUCCAUUAGCCCCAAAAUCAAGCCCAUUGACCCCAUUGACUCCAAGGUCCUCAACCUCAAGCCCCCCAACCCCAAAAUCUUCAAGACCAUUGACCCCAUUGACCCCAAAAUCAACCCCAUUGGCCACAAGAUCAACCCCAUUGGCCACAAGAUCAACCCCAUUGACCCCAGAAUCAGCCCCAUUGGCCUUGUUGACCCCAAGGUCUCCUACCAUGUUGACUCCAAGACCUCCAACCCCAAAAUCCCCAAGAACCCCAACCCUGUUGGCCCCGUUGACCCAAAGAUCUCUAACACCAAAACCCCCAAACCCCCCAACUCUGUUGACCCCAUUGACUCCAGGAUCAACCCCAUUGGCCCUGUUGACUCCAAGACCUCCAACUGCAUUGACCCCAAGAUCUCCAAUCCCAAAAUUCCCAAGACCCCCUACCCUGCUGACCCUAUUGACCCCAAGAUCAAUUCCACUGACCCCAGGAUCAGGACCGCUGACCCUGCUGACCACAAGACCUCCAAUCGCAUUGAUCCCAAGACCUCAAACCCCAAAACCCCCAAGACCCCCGACCCCACUGACUCCACUGACCCCAAGAGCAGCCCCACCUUGCCCCGUUGCUACGAUGCCUUCUCAGCGGCCCAGCUGCGCUUCGUGCUCCCACUGCGCCUCGAGUUCUUCUUCGUCCUCUUCCUCGUGCCCUUCUCUGUCACCGCCCUCUGCUAUGCUGGCCUCAUCCGGGUGCUGCUGGCAYGGCCAGCACUGCCACGGGGCCAGCGCCGCCGGGCCAUAGGCCUGGCUGUGGCCUCUGUGGUCAUCUUUGGCCUCUGCUUUGCCCCCUACAACGUGUCGCAUGUGGUGGGCUUUGCCCACGGUCGCAGCCCCCCAUGGCGCGUCUACGCCACACUGCUGAGCAGUCUCAAUGCUGCCAUCGACCCCCUUGUCUUCUACUGUUCAUCUGGCGCUGUCCGCCGGGCACUGGCAGGGGUAGGGGGGACAGUGAGGGCGUGGUGGAUCAGCCCCAUUGACCCCAUUGACCCCACUGACCCCAAGACCAACCCCAGCAUCUUCAAGACCCCCACCCCUGGUGACCCCAUUGACCCCAAGACCCUCAACCACGCUGACCCAACAUUUCAUUGUCAUGUCAUGAUGUCAUCCCCAUGGCUGUGGAUUGAGGUGGUGACAUCAUCAUUGGGUUAUGACACGACCCAGUCGUCAUGA